AUGGGCUGCUGUCUUUCGAGCUCAAAGGUGGAGGUGAUCGGGGAAAUGAAGCCCCCGACCCCCAGGCAGACGCGCAAGGUGCAAGCCCCGGCCGCUCGCAGCGUGGGGUCCGCCGGCGCCGAGAGCACGCCAGAAUCUGGCAUAAAAGAGACGCCGACGCAUGGAAAGCUGACCGGAUUGUCUAAGAUGCUCUUCCGCGGGGACAACAACGGCAUUGGGUUAACUGUGUCAAGGGUCGACAUUGCAGUUGAGCACCUGGAGCUCACAGAAGGGCACCUCAAGUCUGGGGUUCCCGAGAGGCUGGCGGGCCAGUACCCAAACCUGGUGUCAGUGCGCUUCGAUCUGGGGAAUGACAUUGACAGGACAAACUGGGAGCCCACAGACUCCCAGCUGGCCAGCCUCAGGCACAUGAAGUCGCUCACAAGCGUGGACGCUUCACGGUGCUGUGUCAUAACGAGGAAAGGGCUUACAAAGAUCUCUGACGAACCUGGCAAGAUCACAACCCUCAUACUGCAGGGCUGUGAGCAGUUCCAAGACAUGCUCAUUCCCGCUUUGGGCAUAUUCUCCAACCUGCAGACACUGAACUUGCGAGGCUGCAAGGAGCUGACCAACAGGGGCAUCAAGAAUGUGGAGUACCUGAAGAACCUCACGUGGCUUGACAUUUCGCUGUACGCAAACGUAUCUGUCUGGGACCCAGAAGUUGACGACUCCACCCUGGUUUCCAACGAUGCUAUGAAGCACGUUGGGAAGCUCUCAAAGCUGACCCACCUCGAGAUGGAGACCCUCGACCAGGUGGACAACAUUGGCAUCAACGACAUAGAUGGCCUCACCAACCUGGUGUACCUGGACGUCGGGCGGACUCAAGUCUCCAACUCGGCGCUCUACGUCUUCUCAACCUUCACCAACCUGGACACCCUGAAGAUGAGUGCCUGUGCCAUAUCCGACAUCACGGUGCCGAAGCUUUUGGCGCUGACGAAGCUGACCUAUCUGGACCUGUCUCACAAGGGAGGCCUGUCGGAUCCCUCGCUGCAGAAAUUGCAGGCUCUGCCCUCUCUGACGCACCUGGACGUCUCCUUCUGCGGGCACAUCACAGUGGCGGGGAUCAAGCACCUGGCUGCCUACCCCAAGCUGACCUAUCUGGAGGUGGCGGGCUGCGCAGGCAUCAACGACACCACAUGCGCCGUGAUCGCCAAGCUCACGCAGCUUGAGAGGCUGAACCUGAACAAGUGCGAUGCAGUCACUGACGAUGGCGUUGCGCUGUUGGCGGCGCUGCCCAAGCUCACACACCUGGAAGUGGGGUCCACGGGGUUCAAGACUGUCCAGAUCGACCGGCUGAACGAGGUCACGAACCUCACUGAUGUCACGCUGCAUUGGGUGUGCAAGGCCGAAAACAACCGCAUUGGGAAUCUCAGGAACAUGGGCUUGAACGUUCACGUCGUCUAG